AUGCUAAACAGCAGGACUCCUACUUUGUUGUGGAAGACAUGGGGGUCACCUUUGGUGUCCGCUUGGGAGGUGUUGACAGCGUGGCCUUGUAUGGAGUGGCAGAUGGCCAUGGAGAGUGCGGGGAGCUGUGCGCUGCUUUCGUACGUCGACAUCUUCCCACGCAGCUGGCGCAAUCCCGACACUUCGCAGAAGGUCGACUGGAUGCAGCCAUGCAUGAAGCUUUCCUGCAAACUGAGUUGCUCCAGCAAUCCUCAGGCCAUGCAAACAGCUCAGCAGAUCUGA